AUGAUGAGAAAGUAUCUGAAAUUGUAAAUAAUAAAAUAGUCUUGCCUUUUACUCGCUAGCUUAUUUAUUUUUAGUUAUUUUUUGUAUGAUAUUUAUAGAGUGCAUAAGAAAAAAAAUAAAAAGUGUUCAAAUCUAUCAAAAAUUAUCAUUUCUAAAGGCAAUGAUUCACUAUAAUGUUAAGAAUGCAAAAAAUAAUUGAUUGAUACUUUUUUUUCUCCUUGUGGACAUUUUAAUUUAUGUUAUGACUGUUCUAAACCUUACUAAAAUUGUCCUAAUUGUGGUGAAUAUGUGGAAGAAACAAUACGAACAUUUAAAAACUGA